UUUAGUGUAGAAUUAUUUCCGUGUUUGGACUUGGAAUAGAAACUUUUCAAAAUAUGGCUCUGGUGUCGUCACUGAGACGAUUCUGUGUACAUACAGCUAAGGACAAAUGUCUAUUGUUUAGUAUCCGGGAUAGAUCUCUUUCAAGAAAUGGAUAUUUGGCUAGAUUUGUUGCUAAAAACGCAUCGUCAGUCAAUGUCAAACGAAAUAUAUCUAAACCACUGUCAAUUUUAAUCGGUGGAAGUGCACUGUGUUUAUCCCUUUCACUGUAUGAGCUACUAAAGGACAGACUGACACCCACAGUUCAUGCUGCUGUGCCUGAUUCCCCAAGGAUGCAAUAUAAUUUCAUUGCAGAUGUUGUUAAAAAAGCAGCACCAGCUGUUGUGUACAUUGAAUUAAAGGGGAGACAUCCAUUCCAUGGCGGCUACACUACCAUGUCUAAUGGCUCUGGUUUCAUUGUGCGUGAGGAUGGACUGAUUCUAACAAAUGCCCAUGUCGUUGGUAACAAGCAGUCUCUUCGUGUAAAGCUACAUGAUGGAAGGGAAUUUGAUGGUGUGGUACAAGCUGUUGAUCCAGUCUCAGAUUUAGCAACCAUUAAAAUUCAAGCUAAAGACCUCCCCACUCUGCAGCUUGGGAAGUCGUCAUCCCUAGAGCCUGGGGAAUGGGUGAUAGCAAUGGGGAGUCCACUAGCCCUCAGCAACACCGUCACUGCCGGCAUUGUUAGCACCGUCCACCGAGGAAGCAAGGAACUCGGGAUACACAACAAAGACAUGGAGUACAUACAGACCGAUGCAGUCAUCAAUUUUGGUAACUCAGGAGGGCCACUCGUCAACCUGGAUGGAGAGGCUAUUGGCAUCAACACAAUGAAAGUGACCACAGGAAUUUCAUUUGCCAUACCCUCUGACUAUGCGUGUGAAUUUUUGUUGAAAGCCGAUGAAUUAUUGAAGAGAGCCCAGAGCAAGUCACGAGGCUGGUUUGGUACAGGGAGUAGUGCCAAGGCACGGCGAUUCAUGGGCAUCACGAUGUUGACACUGACACCGAGCAUCUUGCUGGAGUUGAAGGAGAGAUCGGCGGACUUCCCUGAUGUACAACAUGGAGUCUUUGUACAUAAGGUCACACUUGGAUCACCAGCUUAUAACGGUGGCAUCCACCCUGGGGAUGUUAUAACACAGAUCAAUGGGCAGGACGUCCUAUCUUCCUCUGACGUGUACAGCGCUGUGGAGAACAACCACACCUUGCGGGUGUGCGUCAUGCGGGGAGCCAGAAAAAUACUGUUGGUGGUCCACACAGAAGAGGUGGAUUGAUGAAGUAUCAGCCAUGGAUGUAAGCAACAACUAGUCAACAACAACAACAACACAAGCUAGGGUUCAUUAAUGC